GAGACGUGCAUUGCAUACAUUGGUACAACGCCGAGACGGAGAGCUACAGUAGCUAGACACGAGCGCGACGCACCCGCCCGCCUAGAGAGAUUACCUGAUCAUCCUAUCGGCCAGAGGCGACAUACGGCCGAGACGACUCCAACUCUCCCCCUCCCCAUCACUUAACUAGUCCUUUGUCAUCUCUCUCUCUCUCUCUUCCUUACGCAAAUGCUCCAGGCCUUGCGCUCCGUUCGUCCUUUUACACACACCCGCGCCGCCGCCUUCCGUCCUAUCCGCAUAGCCAAAAUGACCAUCUCGACCAACCCCCCCGUCAAGCUCAACGACCCCUCGCUGUGGAUCACGAACCCGUCCUUCCUCGACGGCCAGUGGACCGCCCUGCCGCAGCAUGAGACGUUUGACAUCACCAACCCGGCCACGGGCGAGCUCAUCGGCAAGCUCCCCGACAUGACGGUCGCGGACACGCGCGACGCCAUCGCGGCCGCCGACAAGGCGUUCAAGACCUUCUCCAAGACGUCGCCCCAGCAGCGCGCCAACAUCCUCGAGAACUUUUACCGUCUUACUCUUGAGAACAAGGAGGACCUCGCGACGCUCAUCACGCUCGAGAACGGCAAGAGCAAGACCGACGCGACUGUCGAGGCUGGCUUCUCGGCCGGUUUCCUCCAGUGGAACGCGGGCGAGGCGCUCCGUCUCUUCGGCAAGGUCAUCCCCAGCGCCUUCCCCAACACCAAGAGCUGGACGCAGAUUGAGCCCGUCGGUGUCGUCGCCGCCCUCUGCCCCUGGAACUUCCCUCCCGGUAUGGUUGCACGCAAGGUUGCCGCCGCCCUCGCUGUCGGCUGCACGUCGGUCAUCAAGGUGCCCGCCGAGACGCCCUUCUCGGUUCUCGCGUUCGUAGAGCUUGCCCGCCGCGCCGGUGUCCCUCCCGGUGUCAUCCAGAUCGUCACGACCGACAAGCACCUCGUCGGCAUCGGAGAGGAGCUCUGCACCAACCCCCUCGUCAAGAAGGUGUCCUUCACUGGCUCGACCCGCAUCGGCAAGCUCUUGAUGCAGCACGCCUCGGGCACGCUCAAGCACCUGAGCAUGGAGCUCGGCGGCAAUGCCCCUCUCAUCAUCUUCGAGGACGCCGACAUUGACAUCGCGGUCAAGGGCACCCUCGUGGCCAAGUUCCGCUGCUCUGGACAGACCUGUGUCUGCGCCAACCGCAUCUAUGUCCACGAAUCAAUCUACGACAAGUACUCUGCCGCGCUCGCCGCUGCUGUCGACAAGCUGGUUGUCGGCGACGGCUCGCAGGACGGCGUCAACAUGGGCCCCUUGGUGCACGCGCGCGCGGUUGAGAAGUGCCAGAGCCACGUCGACGACGCCGUCAAGCGCGGCGCCAAGAUCCUCACCAAGCCCAGGCCGAAGCGCGAGGGCAAGCUCGCCAACGGCAACUUCUUUGACCCCGUCGUGCUCGGUGACGCGCCCCAGGACUGUCUCAUUGCCGACGAGGAGACGUUUGGCCCCGUCGCCGCGCUCAUCAAGUUCAAGACGGAGGAGGAGGCCAUCCGCCUCGCCAACAACACGGACAUGGGUCUCGCAGCCUACUUCUACACCAAGAACCAGGCCCGCACCUUCCGCGUCGCGGACCAGCUGCAGGCCGGCAUGGUGGGCGUCAACUCGACGUCGAUCUCGCACCCCACCAUGCCGUUUGGCGGCUUCAAGGAGUCGGGCUUCGGUAAGGAGGGCGGCCCCGACUCGAUCCUCGACUACGUGCAGCUCAAGACGGUGACGGUUAACAUUGAGUAGAGGUAAUUGUAGGAUGGAUGAUGUACAGCAGUGCCACAGUGGCGGUUGGGUGGUGGCGGUGGUGGUUUGUCUGGCCCCCUCCUCAGAACGAGCACAUGACACGAGGUCGGGCGGAGCAUGCAUAUAAGGCGUCGCGCGUCGGCGACGCCAGUCAGCUCCCUCCCACCUGUCCCAGCACUACUCACUCGCCAUGAUCCUCGACCUCGACAGCGACGAGUUCCACGAGCACGCGCGCGACACAGCGUCGGCGUCGGCGCCGGUCGCAGUUCCCAUGGCCGCAAGCCAGGCGGCAGACGACACAGCGAUGGCGGGCACCAGCCCCGCAGCCAAGGCGCUCAUGGCGGAGGACGCGCUCUUCUUCUCGAGCGUGUUCAACUCGUGGGCUGAGGGGGUGCGCCGCAUGUCGGGGCAGGACGAGGAGAUAUGCCGGCCAUAGGCGGGGUGGGUGUCGGUUCAUUAUCAGGCACACACUACGGGCAGCACCAGCACCAAGCCCGCAUCAUCAGAAGUGAGCAACCAUGAAGCAAGGAUCAAUCCGGCAAGCAAAGAGCAAGCAAGGACGAGGAGCACAACAAGGACGACGACGAGGCGACACGAAGCGCGCUCGAGCAAAGAACAACAGGCCGGGGAGCAGACGAAGAAGAAGAAGUGCAUGCAU